UUUUCAGCUAAAUAUGUCAAUCCUAGCCCGUAAACCCAGAAAGGAAACCGAAAACUACAAUUCCUCCAGAGCUCCUUCACACCAUCAGUGUCAGCUCGAAGUUAUUGAGUGCCGAUUUUGGAGACGUUUUCUCCCGACAGGUGGAUCAAAAAUUUUCGAACGCAAAAACAUGAGCAAGGAAAAGGAAACUUCAUCACACUGAUCACUGGGACGAAAACAACUGGCUAAUAGACUUAAAUUUUUUCAACCUUUUUUUUGUUGUUAUUUUUGAGAUUUUCGUUGUUAGAAUUUUGUACUUAUUUUUCGAUUUUUUCUGUAAGAUUUUGUUAGGAAUUUCAUCACAAUUAGUCAGAUUUUCUGUAAAUUUCGUGACUUUUUUGGUAAUUUUUGUUUUUUUAGUUUAGAAAUAAACAAUAUUUUUAAGAAACAAUC